UCCCGGCUCGUUCCUGGUCACGUGAUCCACGGGUUCUGAAGCCCGCGUGGGAAAGCGGCCAGACGGCUCUUCCGGGUGUCAGGAUGUUGCCCAGGCUCGUGCGCCCCGCACAGCUGGGUUGUCGCCUUCUCUGUGCAGUUCGAAACCUCCAUCAGUCUCCCAGAAGCCUCAUUCCGCUCAUCCCCAUAGUGGUGGAGCAGACGGGCCGGGGGGAACGCGCCUAUGACAUCUACUCUCGCCUGCUGAGGGAGCGCAUUGUCUGCGUGAUGGGCCCGAUUGACGACAAUGUGGCCAGCCUGGUCAUCGCCCAGCUGCUGUUCCUACAGUCGGAGAGCAACAAGAAACCCAUCCACAUGUACAUUAACAGCCCCGGUGGCCUGGUGACCUCUGGGCUGGCUAUUUACGACACCAUGCAAUACAUCCUGAACCCCAUCUGCACGUGGUGCGUGGGCCAGGCGGCCAGCAUGGGCUCUUUGCUGCUGGCGGCAGGGUCUCCAGGAAUGCGCCACUCCCUUCCCAACUCGCGCAUCAUGAUCCACCAGCCCUCUGGAGGGGCGCGGGGCCAAGCGACUGAUAUUGCCAUCCAGGCCGAGGAAAUUCUGAAGCUGAAGAAACAAAUAAACGCCCUCUACGCUAAACAUACGAAGCAGACCUUGGAGGUGAUUGAGUCCACCAUGGAGAGGGAUCGCUACAUGGGCCCCGUUGAAGCCCAGGAGUUCGGCAUCUUGGACAAGGUUCUUGUCCAUCCGCCGCAUGAUGGAGAAGAUGAACCGGAGCUGGUGCAGAAGGAGCCUUCUUCUCCGCCCGCUGCCCCGUCCUCUUCCUCAGCUGAACCCUGAGCGAUUGGCAGCUUCGGUUUUACAUCUGGAGCGAUUUCCAUGUCGCCGCCCACUGAAGCGAGGAUGAAGCCUGCCUGGCUGCUCAGAUUCCCCGGACGUUGCUUUCUUUAGUGGGCAGAGGAUGGGGCUUGCCAGCGUGUUCCUAGGAGCUGGUCUCUUGCCCCAUAGGAUCCCACCCAUCUUUCUUCCCGUAGGAAAGUGUUUUCCAACUACGACCUCCCCCAGUGACAACCCUGUAUAUAUAGUGAUGGUUUUAAAUAAAAUUGUGACUUCAGCAA